AUGAAGGUUGCCCUGCUCUGUGCCAUCGUCUUCGGGGCCAUCUCUGUCGCUGCUUCUUCCUCGCAUUAUGUGGCAGACGAGCAAUUCAUUCAACGCGGUGUUCCCCAUCGUUCCAGCGCCGCUUCGAAAGCGAAGCGCGACGCCAACGGCUCCAAAGUGGGAAAGAAGGAACAUCUCUUGAAGCCUCGUGACGAAACUUCAGUAGUCAGGCUCGGCGUUGAUGCUCUCAAAGGAGCUCUUGGCGAUGGCGCCAAGGGUGGCGAGACCAUAAUCAACCACUAUCAUGCGUCUCCGAAUGCAGCUGCAGCUCAUAUGCCUGGCGGCGCUCCUAUGAGCCAUCCCCCAGCUCCCUACUACCCGCCCCCGGCCUACGGCCAUGAUCCUGGCAUGGCUGCUAGAUUCGACAAGCUCGACCAGAAGCUUGGCAAGCUCAAAGAAGGGCACAAGGCCAAUGCACAGCAGAUUCAGAUCAUGCAGGAGCUUCAGGCUAAACAGAUGCAAAUUGCACAUGCCGAGGCUUCUGGCGCCCAGGCUGCUGCUGCUGUUCCUGCUGCUGCUAAGAAGCGCGGAAUGAGCAAGACCAAAAUGGCCCUCCUGGGUGGAGGUGGUCUUGCUGCUGGUUAUGGUCUCACUAAAGUUUUUGACACCAAGCCUUCCGACUCCACUACUGCCUACAACCAGCAGGAUAUGGCUGCGCUCCAGGCUGCAGGAGGCGCUGCUCCUGGCUCUACCCCCGUCGACGGCUAUCCUCAAGGCGCAGAUCCAUCCCAGGGCGCCAUGCCGCAGGGCGCUGCUGGUCAAGAUCCUUCGGCAGGCGGAGCCGGUGGCGGCUCUGCUCAGAUUGCAGACGGACCUUACCGAAUUCCCGGCUCAGACUUGGUCUGGGUGACCGAUCGUCAAGGCCAAUAUCACGUGCUGAAGUACACACCGCAAGGUAUGGUAGAAGUAAACCCACCUGCUGGAUGGCAGCCGCCUUCCGCUGCUGGCAGCGGUGCUGCACCUGGUACCAGCGGUGGUGCUGGUGCUCCUGUGGCCUCAGACGGAAGCGCUGGAGCUUCUACAGGGGCAGAUGGCGCAGCUGGCGGUGCAGGUUCAGCAGCCGGUGCUAACCCUGUCCAAUCCGGUGACAGCAGCUCUUCGGGUGCAGGCAAGGGUGCCGGUGGUCAGAACCCAAAUGGUGCCAGCCAAGAUGCCCAGACGGCUGGAGCAGCUGGAAACCAGAGUGGCGGUAGUCCCAAGCCUGAAUACGAUAGUGCUGCAGGCAUGUACUAUGUUGUUGGUCCCAACAGCGUCAAGUACUACAUCGAUAGUCAGACUGGCUAUUUGAUUAACGCUAACACUGGCGACGUCAGCGACCCCAAGACUGGCAAGAUCGUGUACAGCGCAGAAGAAUUGAUGAAUGGCGCCACUGGAAACGACAACGGUGCUGGUCAGGGCCAGAGCCAGGCCAACGGCGGUGGGCAGUCGUCCGGUGCUGGAGCAGGAGCAGGAAAUGGGCGUAUGCAAAAGCGAUCCCUUCGCCACCGCAAGCUCGACAAGCGUGACUACGCUAAUGCAGCCUUCCAAGCUUCAAGCCCCGCUUUGCGUGAACAAGCACAGCUUGCCCUUCUCCGAGGGCCAAAUCAGGCCAACCCUGGGGCGCUCAGUGGUACCGCUACGAAAGCAGGCCCAGGUCUUGGCAAGAUGGCGGCCAAGGGAGCUCUAGGCGUGGGCGCCCUGGUAGCUCUUGUUCUCGGACUCGGCGCGUACGCUCAUCCUACACGACCCAAUACGACACCAGACAACGAGUAUGGUCUCACACCCACAAGUGUCUGCGACAUGUAUGGCGAGCCGAUCAUCCGAGAUUUCCGUGGUGUGUUGUGGAACAAGUCGACAUACACGCGCGUCGACCUGAACCAUCCUCCGCCCCUUCAUCAAUGUUCGGAGCAGGAGCUGGCUGAUGCUGGUGUCUCUGUUGGUGGAGGUGCUGGUGGUGCUGCACCGAUGCAGAAGCGUGCUAGCAAAGACAGAGAUGCGCCUCAGGACCGACAGUUGCUUGCGGCCGUGAGGGAAAACAUCAAUCAAGAGCAUCUCAGCAAAACUUCGAGUGUUGAGCUUUCAAAGCGAUCUGGAAGCAACGAUCAGUCUCUGGAAAAGCGAGGUAUGAGUGGAGUGACUUCGCUGCUACCGUCGAUGACAACAUCGGGUACUAUGGCUGUUGGCGCCACCCUACUCAUCACGGCCAUCUACCUCCACAAUAUCCAUAAAGAAAAGCUCCAGGCGCUCAAGGAUCAAUGGAAUGGUCAAUAUCACUCGGCCGGCGACGCUGCUUCUGCAGUGGGGAACGCCAUCGAUACUGGUGCCAAUGGACAGCUUUUCAACCCGAUUACGGGCAAUCUCGUUCUUGUUGACGCCACCACCAACAUGUACUACGACUCAGGGACUGGUGAACAGGUUAACCCCAAGACAGGAAUGCCCUUUAAAUAUGGUGGAGGCGACAAUAAUUCGUCGGAAUCGAGUGAUAAGCAGGCGCCGGUUCACCUUCCACUCGAUCGCAAUGGCAAUAUGUCGGGCGACUCGCCCGAGGUUCAGCAGGCCUUGGCAAAGUGGAACACAAUGUCGCCGCAGCAGCAGCAACAGCUGUUGGCUCAAUAUGGUGAUGCCGCAAGCCAGAUCUUGAACUCGCCCGAUCCAAAUGCUGCGCUGCAAGCUUGGAGCGCACAGCAGGGUGCCGCACAGCCGAUCGCCCCUCAAUUGAUACCACAACAGCAGCAGUUGGCUCCUCAACAAUACCAGACGCUAGUUCCUGGGCAGCAACAGAGCCCACCUGCUUCGGGUGGUGCCUUCGGCUCUUCUGACACAGCAGCGACAUCUGACAUGUGA